AUGCCCUUCACUGUCAAGUUUGUGUCCGGAAAGUCGUACGACGUAACCAUGGACGCCUCCAACACCAUCGCCGCCGUCAAGGAGUACCUCCACGAGCGCGACACCACCCUGUCCUCCUCCACCAUCGACCUGGUGUUUGGCGGACAGUCGCUGGACGACACAAAGACCAUCGAGGAGCUCGACCUCGACUCCAAAACCGUCAACGUGGUCAGCCGCAACGUGGCCAGCCGCAACUCGGCCCCCAAAACCACCAAGAAGAAGAAGCGAUGCUCCUUCAACGGCUGCUCCAGCGCACCCCUGCGCAUGGUCGGCGACUGCUCCUUCUGUGACGGCAAGUUUUGCAGCACGCACCGACUGCUGGAGCAGCACAACUGCUCGGGCCUCCAGUCCUGUAAGGACCAGCUGCACGAGCAGAAUGCAUCCAAGCUCCACCGCGAGCAGACCCAGGCCAACAAGGUCUAA